AAAACUUUGUUAAUAACCAUGCCGGAAUAUAAGUCAGAGUCUUCCUGUUCUUCCAUUGUAGAUGAGAAAGCCAAAAAAGAUAAUGCAGCAUCACAAGCACUGGUCCCAUAUAAGGGCCCUCAGGAAGCUGUUGAGAUUAUUUAUGAAAAUAAAAUGACAAACACUGAAGUGGCAAAUAAAGACAUUUAUUUUGGCUACCCAUGUCGACGUCGCAGCUGUGCAUUAACAAUCACCCCAGCACCAUGUGUCAACAAAAUUAUUUCAAAUAUUGAUGGUCUGGAAUUUAAAAUACAGGAACAUUUGAAAAGAUUUGAAACUGCUUUGGAAGAAUGGGUCAGAAUUUCUUCUACAAAACCCUCAGAAGAGUGGAGUAUUGUUACACAAAUGGCAGAGGUUAAACCAGAAGAGAGGGAAAAAUGUCCAGAAUUAAAGAAGGAAAUUGAAACAUUGCUAGCUGAGGCCAUCCAUCUCAUUAAAAGCCUAGAAACUGACCGGGCAGAAGCUGAAGACGCCCUACUAAAGCAAAAAUUAAGAAGGGAAAAACUGAGUGUGAAAAUAGAUUCUUGGUCAGUCUGGAGACUUCAGAAAAUUCCAUUAGCUGUGCAAAAAGAGCAUGAUGCCUUUUUAAAAGAUAUUGUAGAAUUGCAAUGGGAUAUUGAAAAUAAAACUCAUAAACUUAAAUACCUUCAGGAACAAAAGGAAAAAUUAGAAACAUACAAUGAAAAAAUUCAAGCAGACAUAGAGUACAUGAGAAGUCAUGUUCCUCUUUUGAUGGAAAAGCAGCGCCAUGAAUUUUAUGUUUUAGAGGAACAAUAUAAAAACAAGUAUAAGGCAGUAGAACUCUAUCAACAAAUUAAUGAUGAACUUCAAGAAAUUACAGAAUACAAUGAAAAUGUCAAAUUGAAAGCUAAACAAGUGAAAGAAGAAUCAGAAACAGAUAUUGAAGAUGAUGAAUUAAGCUUAAUAGUCUAUGAACAAGACAUACAGAGGCUUGACAAUCUGAUUACAUAUUACUCAAAGUCAGCAGAUACCCUCUCUGUUCAUAUUGAAAAAAAGGAGGAGAGACUGAGUGACCAUGAGAGGGCAACCAAGUCAAUAACACAUGAAAUUCGUACUUUAGUAAAAGUGUUACAAGAGUUAAAAAAGGAGUAUGAACAACUAGUACUGAGAAGAAAGGUUGUGGAUGCUGAGUUCAUAAUAGCAUUUAAUGACUAUCAUGCUGCAAAAAGAACUUGGGAAAUAGAAGUUUCUGAACUUGAAAAGGAUUUCACAGAUUUAAGCAAAGAAUAUGUUAAUUUGAAAGAAGAAAAUAAGAAACUUAUCAAAGAUAGUGAACUCAUAGCACGUUAUACCAAUGAUAGUACAAAGGCAAAGGCAGACAUUGAGUCUGAAAUCCAUGUUAUGUUAAAAAUGGUCAUAAAAAAUGAUCAGCUACAUAAAUAUUUACACAGGAGAGCUUAUGAAAUCAGUGCUGUUUACCACCUAACUAGAUAUAAAUUAGAAGACUUAGAAGAGAAAAUAGUUGAAGUAAGAAGAAAAUUUAAGGGUAGAGAAGAAUUCUUGAAAAAAAGAACUCGAGCUAUAGUGGUCCACGAACUAAUGGAUCAGAAAAAACUUCUGAGCAUUGCAGACUAUCUUGACAGCGAGAAGCUACUCUUUUUGAAAAGAAAACGAAUCUAUUCCCUACUCCUGAAAACAAUAGAGGAACCGAUCGAUAAAAUCAAAGAAGAGGCUGCAAAAAUCAGAGAGAGUCACCGAGAACAUGCUAUCGAAAAACAAUCAGCCAUUUUAAAAGAAAUAGAGACUACUUUAAGCAAAAUAACUUUUUUUCAAACAAAAGUAAAUCAAUUAGACACAGACUUAGAAGAAAUGGAAAGAGAAAAAGAAUGUUUUGCUUAUCUAAUUAGCAACUCAAGAGAAAAACUUGUAAGUAAUAACUAUAAAAAGGAACAAACAGAACUCGUUUUCAGUCACCUCAUACAAGAGAAAAAAGCCUGUGAAAAGAGAAUAUCUGAGGAAGAAAAGAAAUUUAAACAGCUCUUUUCUAUGAGGAACAAAACUCUUGCAGAUAUUAAAGAAAUUCAAAGAAAUUCCUUGAAAGAAAAUCUACGUUUAGCUCAAGAAUACGUGAAAUUGCAGAAUACUUUCUUUACAGUAAAGAAUGAUUAUUUAAGCCAGUAUGACAAACAGUCACAACUUGACAAUGCAAUUACAGAUAAAGCACAGCUCUGUGAGCUGCAAAGAAGUAUAUUCAAGGUGUGGCAGAAGUACUUCGAACUGGUACUCCUCUACAGCCAGGUGAAACUGGCCCAGUUCCAGUCAUUCUCUCAGGAGAGUGUUGAGAAAAUACUUGCUGUGCAGAUUAACUGGAUGGAUGUCAAUAUUGAUCUAGAAUACGCAAUGUAA